AUGACUGAUCCCCAUGCCCCCCACGACACUGAGCCCCUCGCUGCUAUCUUCCCAAGGCGAAGCAUUGGCAACGAAGAAGUCAGGACUGCCGUCCAGGUCUCCCUCCCCCAGAUAGCCAAGCUCUUUCACCUCAAGCAGUCCGAGGCCGCCGACAUCCUCGGCAUCUCCCUGACAGCUCUCAAGAACACCUGCCGCAAGCUCGGCGUCAAGAAGUGGCCCUACGCCCGCAAGAGGUCGCUGUGCGAUCUGGAGAAGCUGCAGGAGGAGUUCUUCAUGGAGCUGGAAGGGAAGGCGAGAGAGCGGGAUGGGAGGGGCUCAGCAACGUCUCAGUCGCAGUCAGAGGAUGGGAGGACGUCGAGCUCAGGGACGGGGGGGUACGAGAGCGAGGACUGGGAGAAGGCGUAUGGGCCGGAUCUGAUCGCAGUUCGGUGGGACUACAAGUGUGAGACUGUGUACGCUGUGAUGGUCGAUGCUUUGAUGAAGUUGUGGAGUGCUAUGUCAAAGAUAGCUCUGAGAAGACUCCAAGUCCUCCAACCAGGGACUCAGGUGGGGGUACUUCAGGGUUCCGUUGUUCAUCCGACGAACCUGGAAGUUUGA